AUGGGCCUGAGUAUCCGUGGCGCCCAGGAGGAGGAGCCUCCAGAUCCACAGCUGAUGCGAUUGGACAACAUGCUGCUGGCGGAGGGCGUGGCCGGACCCGAGAAAGGGGGCGGAGCUGCGGCGGCUGCAGCUGCAGCGGCAGCAGGAGGCGGACCCGACAACUCGAUAGAGCACUCGGACUACAGAGCCAAACUCACACAGAUACGACAAAUAUACCACACCGAGCUGGAGAAAUAUGAACAGGCGUGUAACGAGUUCACGACCCACGUGAUGAACCUGCUGCGGGAGCAGUCGCGUACGCGUCCCAUCUCGCCCAAGGAGAUCGAGCGCAUGGUCAGCAUCAUCCACCGCAAGUUCAGCUCCAUCCAGAUGCAGCUCAAGCAGAGCACCUGCGAAGCCGUCAUGAUCCUACGCUCACGCUUCCUAGACGCCAGGCGGAAAAGGAGGAAUUUCAGUAAGCAGGCUACGGAGAUCCUGAAUGAGUACUUCUACUCGCACCUGAGUAACCCGUACCCCAGCGAGGAGGCCAAGGAAGAGCUGGCCAAGAAAUGCAGCAUCACCGUAUCACAGGGGGUGGGAAGCACGAUCACAGUCUCACAGGUUUCUAACUGGUUCGGUAACAAGCGUAUCCGCUACAAGAAGAACAUCGGCAAGUUCCAGGAGGAGGCGAACCUGUACGCUGCCAAGACGGCCGUCAACGCCGCCCACGCAGCCGCCGCAGCGGUGCAGAGCCAGACCAACUCACCCACCACACCCAACUCUGGCUUCCAGAUGAAAGAUGAAGAUUUUCCGCUCGACUCGGCAGAAAACAAAAACGCUCUUUUAACCAACAUGUUCACCGGUGGGUACCCUGCGCCAUGCUACCAGUCAGACGGACGAAUACAGUGAUGCCAUCAGGCACACACACAU